UACAGGUUAUUUCCAUUUGAGAUAUGUGCGUGGAAAAUCACAAGCAUAUUCAAGGGAAGGCUAGAUAAAGAGGGUUACUGUUGGUAGGCUGUCUCACAGGAGACAAAAGACUUUUACUGGGAAGAAUUUAAAAAAUACUUUAUAUGGGAUGAGGCAAUAACAUUCCUUAUAAAGGAGGCUUGGAAGCGCAAGGUUACAGAGCGCUACAAGACACUCAUGUGUACUGUGAGGAAAGGAAAAGAAAAGGUUGUGCACAUGCCUGAUAGUACAAUGCACAAAUGGAAGGAGGCAUGGAGUAGGCCAGAUUUCAAAGCUAGGAGUGAACAAUUCACUGCUAACUACCGUAGUGAGACAGGAGGAGUCAGAGCAGGCAUUUCACGCUAUACAAGGGACUCGCUAUCACACGCUUUGCAUGCAGAAAGAUUGAAAUCUCAACUUGGCCAAGCACCUCUCCCUUAUGAGCUUUUUGAGUCGACCUAUACUAGGAAGGGUACCUCAGAUCUAGUUGGUGUAAGAGCACAGUCGAUUAAGAUUACGUAGGAUACAUUUAUGGCCCUUAAGGAGCAGUCCUCGUCUCAUCAACACGAGGGAAGCACUGACCCUCCUAUAGUGGAUGAGGCUACACUAUACUAUCAAGUUGUAGGUGGUGAGAAAAAGCAUUGAGUGUAUGGAGUUGGAUCCCAAGCUUCUGCUUUCUACUCUCAAUCAUCUCAUGCAUAAUAUUCUACUACUUCACAGAAUAUGCAGUCCGAUGCACUAGAGACUGAGCUUCACUAGGUUCACCAAACCGUUGAGACACUCCAACACGGAAAUCAAUAGCUAAGGGACAAUUUGGCUACUAUGGAGCAAAGAGACCAUAUAUGCAAGUAACAAAUGCAGCAAAUGCAAGAUAUGGUGUUGCAGAAGCUUUAAGGGACACAUUCUUUUUCCCGAGCUUUAAAUCCUCUGACUACUGAUGAUGCUGGUGAUCAUGCACAUGGUGAUGGUGAUCAUGCAGCUGGUGAUGGUAGUGAUGACUUGUAGAUUUUAUUUUUAUUGUUGUGUAUGUUGAGACAAACACUUUUAAACUUUGAUUGUUUAUGUGGAUUUUACAUACAUUGCUUAUUUUUAAUUAAUACAUUCAUUCAGAUGUUAAAA